GGAAAAUUUUGCGGAGAAAAAAUUUGCGGGAAAAAAGGCUAAUUAGCCGGUGAAAAGUGUUCCAAAUGCAAAUUUAAGGCGUUUGAAACAACAAGAACAACUCAAUUUCCUAAUUGGACGCAACAACCGCUGUGUAUCAAAGAAAUCUUAUUGUGCAAUUAGGAUUAAAGGAGUUGGCGAGUUCGCAGCUGCAUACAUACACACAUACAUGAAGUGCACAAUUCGUACAUAUGUACAUACAUACAUGAAGUGUAACAACAAUUCAACGAAAUUAGCAGCGAUACCCAAUACCCCGACCAACUAAAAGGAAAGCAACACACAUAAAUAAUACCCCUUAGUGGCCAGCAGCCAUGUCUACCACUACGAAACUGGAGCAGCAGCAGCAGCAGCACUCGAAGCCCAUACUGAGUCCAACCCGAUCCCUGGACGAAGGUUUCGAAAGCGAUCCGGAUCGGGUUUCCACAGAUUCGGAGCAUCAGACAAGUGGAACCGGCACUGGCAUCACCACCACCACCACCAGCAACACCAGCAACACGAACAAUGCCAGCAAGCUGGCUCAGCUCAGCUCGGCGGCCACUGGCGGCGCCACCAAAGCGGCAUCGUCCAGUCCUCCAUCCUCCAAUCCCAUCGGAAGUUCGGGCAAUGCCACCAGGGGUGCCCUCACCCUGGCUGCGCCACAAAUCCAAAGGAGAGAGUUCUUCAAGGAUCAGGGACCAAAACUGCAGAGGCAACAGGCUCAGCCUCCGCAGCAUCAGCAUCAGCAUCAGCAUCAGCCUCGACUGCAGUAUCAGAAGCAGCGACAACCACUGGUGCCCAGUGCCGCCUCCAGUGUUCACAAUCAUCGAUUGACCUCGGGCAUUGUCGGAUCCUCGGGGUCGGGAAACACCGGAACCGCCACAUCAAACUAUCGGCGCGGACGCAGGCUCCACAUGAAUCCCCAUCAUCCUGCCCGCAACGGAAUCCGUUCGCAUUCGGUGGAUGCCAUAUCAAGACACAAUCGCCAUGGUUACGAUCCCAGUAGCCUGAUCCUGAAGCACGAUGGGAAUGGCAAUAUCAGUAGCAGCAGCAGCAGCAGUGCCGCGGGUGGCGCCACCCGCAUGUUGAACUACAAGACAACGGGCGGCGGAGCAAGUGCAACCGGAGCCCCGGCAGCUGGACAGGCACUGCUGGUGCAGCCCAUCUCCAGUGCCACCUUGUCGCCCCUGGUGGCUGCUGGGGUUGUGGAUGGAGUGGAGGGUGGUGGCUCAUCGCCAGUGAUUGCCUCGGCCACCCACAGCCUGUACACCUUCUAUCCGGCGGAGGGAAACCUUCAGGUGUGGCAGACAGAGUGCGGUGACCUUACCUACAAGUCGUCCCGGAAUAUGCAUCAACUUCACAAGGCGCCCGUGUGCUGGACGCAGUCUAUACCCAGACAGGCCAGAAGAUACAUAACACCGGCAGCAGCAGCAUCGGCAUCGGCAACCGCAUCAACCUCAGCGGCAGGAGGUGUCGUCCCUGGCACCAAUCUGGCUGUGUAUCCCACGGCCACCGCCCAGGUGUAUCGCUCCAACAAUGGACUGGACGUUCUGGACUGCGCUGGAUUGGAGCAUCACAAUGGGACAACGGCUAAUGCGAUGGCCACAUCCGGACACUCCGGCAGCUCCGGUUUCUCCCAACGCCUCAGGGAACUGGCCGCCUCCGCGGGUCUGCUCUCCCUGAAGCCACGCCAGCCCCUCAAGCCGGUGAUCAAGACUCGAGGCUCGCCGGGUCCGGAGUUCCCCAAGAAGGUCACCUUCAGUGCCUUUGCCACCGUCCAGGUGGUGUGAAAAUGGGGGUGGGCGAACAGUGGGUCUAGCAUCUGUGGCAUCUGUGCAGGCACAGAGCAAGUUUCAUCUUGCACUUGUUAACCAUUAUUUGUUGUUGUUUUUAUACUUGUUGCUGUUGUUAAAUGUUUAGCCAAAACUAUGGGAACCAUAAGCGAAGGAUGCAUCCAGAUAAUCAUCAAAUAAAGGAAAAAAAAAAUAAACAAAAAUUGUUGUGCCAUUU